UAUAUUGAAUUCAUUCACCAACAAAUAUUUUACUCUAAACAUGGAAGGAUACAAGUUUCUUAUCUGCAUAAUUUUUCCUAUCCUUUUUCUUAUACCUAUAAAAUUAUUAUUACUCUCCAAAAGAAGAUUUAAAAAACUUCCACCAUGCCCACCCUCUUUUCCCAUAAUCGGCAAUCUUCAUCAACUUAAACAACCACUACCAAUCCACCGUUACUUUCACAAUCUCUCAAAGAAAUAUGGCCCAAUUUUCACUCUUAAAUUCGGUUCUCAACUUGUAGCCGUUGUUUCAUCGGCAUCAAUUGCAGAAGAAUGUUUCAACAAAAACGAUAUUAUUUUUGCAAACCGUGUAACCUCCGUCAAAACCAAGUAUCUUGGUUUCAACAACACGAACAUCUUUAACUCGUCGUAUGGAGAUCAUUGGCGUAACCUACGUCGUAUAAGCUCACUAGAAAUACUCUCCACUAAUCGUAUCAACUCCUUUUCAGGCAUCCGAAAAGAUGAGACCAUGAGGUUGAUUCUAAAACUUUCUGAGAACUCUCAUAAAGGCUUCAAAAAAGUUGAGCUAAGACCCUUGCUUUUAGAACAUGCAUUUAACACAAUCAUGAGAAUGGUUUGUGGUAAACGCUUUUACGGAGAUGAAUCUGAUGGAACAACUGCGGAUGAGGCAAAGAAAUUUCGAGACAUCAUGGACGAGAUUCAAAAGUUUUCGUUGGGAUCCCGCCUUGGUGAUUUUGUGCCAUUAUUCAUGUUUCUUGAUUUUAGUUAUCGUAAAAAGUUAAAAAUGGUUGGAGAGAAGAUGGAUGCACUUUUUCAAGGAUUAGUUGAUGAUCAUCGUAAGAACAAAAAGGAAAAUAGAAAUACUAUGAUUGAUCACUUACUUUCCUUACAAGAAUCACAACCUGAUGAUUACAGCGACAAAAUUAUCAAAGGGCUUAUUAUGGCAUUGAUAGUGGCGGGAACAGAAACUUCCUCUAUAACAUUAGAGUGGGCGAUGUCAAAUUUGUUAAACCAUCCAGAAAUAAUGGAAAAGGCAAAGAUUGAAUUGAAUAAUCAAAUUGGACAAGAGUGUUUAAUUGAGGAAGCCGAAGCUAUCAAAUUACAAUAUCUUCAAAAUAUCAUCUCUGAGACUAUGCGGUUGCACCCACCAGCAACAAUGUUGGUGCCACAUUUAUCAUCUGAAGAUUGUAUUGUGGGAGGAUUUGAUGUGCCACGUAACACAAUGUUGAUGGUGAAUGCGUGGGCUAUUCAUCGGGAUCCUGAUUUGUGGGCUGACCCGACGAGCUUUAAACCUGAGAGGUUUGAGAAUGGUCAACAAGCAGAUGUACGUGGCUUCCUUCCUUUUGGGAUGGGGAGGAGGGCAUGUCCUGGGUCGGGGUUAGGCCUAAGAACUAUGAGCUUGACUCUAGGCUCGUUGAUUCAAUGCUUUGAUUGGAAAAAGAUUGGCAAGGAAGAAAUUAACAUGGUCGAAGGACAUGGAACUUUGGUUCCCAUGGCCAUUCCAUUGGAAGUCCAAUGCAAAACGCGCUCAAUAAUCAAUAAGAUUUUCACAUAACAAUUGUAUAUUAAUUUGUCAAAGAAUUAAAUGAUAUGAGCCAAGUGAAUAAUGUUGAAGAAGUGGAGAAGUUGUUCUUUGGUGCCAAGGUCAUUCCAUUGUUUAUUUUUCUCAAAAAAAAAAAAAAAAAAAAAAAAAAAUUCAAAAAGCUGAACUAAAUUUUAUCUUUAAUAAACUAUGAGAUCAUUUUAUCUUUUUCACAAAGUCUCUUAGCUUCUUUUUUCCAAUGUUAAUUCAUCACUUUAACAAUAAAUAAUUUAGGAAAAUAUAAUCUUCUU